GGUUGCCUGCCUGCAUCCCUGUCUCCUCUCCAUUCUGCUCUGCAGUUGCCCUGUGUGCAUGUGAGGGAGAGCACAUGUUUAUGUGUAUUUGUGUGGAUGUGUGUGUGUCGGAAAAGGGGCGAGAGUGGGUUUCAUACAUCACCGCCUAAAGAGAGACCGCUUUUUUGUUAUCUUUCCGUCUUCUCGGCAGCGUGAACAUCAGCCUGACCACCUGGACCAGCCGCCUGCCUGAAGCAUCGCUGACGGGGGAGGGGGCGAUAUCUCUCUCUGUGUGUGUGUUUGUGUGAAUGUGUGUGUGUGUGAACAUGUGUGUGGGCGGGUGAAAGGGUGAGGGGCGGAGAGAUGAAAGGACCAGGUGAGGAGGGGUAUUGGGUAUCUCUCUCUCGCUUUCUCGCUCGCUCUCUCUCCCCCUCUUUUUAUCCCUCUCUCCCUGUCGCGCGACACUAACCCUGGAAGCUGAAGAGGAGAUCCUCGCUGCUGGACCUCUCCACUACAGUCCCAUCAUGUCUCAUUUGGUGCUGCUGGACUUAGAGCACAGUCGAGUUCCAGGGAUUUCAGAGGAGAAUAUUUGAAGUCCGACCUCUACCAGCAUGUCGUAACGCCGACAGAACUCCCCCAUUGAACGGUACUGCUGGAUGCCACUCUUCAGCAGGGGAGAAUGGGUGAUAGUCCCAUGAGAAUCACCUCCGCCCACAAUUCUCAUUCCAUCCUCUCAUGGAGCAUACAGCCGCCUUCAACACAACGUGGAACAUCACCCACACCACCUCUUGGCGUCCAAACACAACCCAGCCUAGCGCCUCAGGACUGAGUGAGCCCAGAGAUGGACACCUCUUGCAGACGCUCGGCCUGUGCACCAUGCUCCUGAUGGACGUACUAGCUAUAGUGGGCAACUUAGCCGUAAUGACAGUCAUCGCCAGAACGCCGCGACUACGUAAAUUUGUGUUCGUCUUCCAUCUCUGCCUGGUGGAUCUCAUCGCGGCCCUGGUGUUAAUGCCUCUGGGUAUGCUGUCAGGUCAGGGCUUUUUCAACAAGGCUCUUUGUCAGGGUUACUUGUGUCUGAGCGUGGGACUGAUCAGUGCUGCUAUCCUCACUAUCUCAGCCAUCAAUGUUGAGAGAUACUACUACGUCGUUCAUCCCAUGCGCUAUGAGGUGAAAAUGACUGUAGGGUUGGUGGUUUCAGUUCUGAUUGGAAUAUGGAUCAAAGCCAUCCUCAUGUCAGCGUUCCCUUUACUCGGCUGGGCGCUCGAUACAGAGGAGCCGGGAAUGGCUGUGGGGAAAGUUAUGGGGAAAAUCGUUGAACCAAAGUGCUGCUCGCUUUACUGGAUGGAGGAAGGGCCCCAACGACUGGUAUUCAUGGUCCUUUUUACCCUGAUGUACUUCCUAUGUCCUGUCCUCAUCAUCUUUGUGGUGUACUGCAACAUGUUUAAGGUGGCCAGGGUUGCCGCCAUGCAGCAAGGGCCAGUCCCCACUUGGAUGGAGACUCCCAGGCCGCGCUCUGAAUCUCUGAGCAGCUACUCCAGCAUGGCGGCCAGCCUCAGCGGAGCUCGAACCACCCCCCAGAGGACUUUCAGCGGGGGCAAGGCUGCGGUGGUCCUAGUCGCCGUAGGAGGUCAGUUCCUUGGGUGCUGGCUGCCUUAUUUCUCCUUCCACCUGUACUGCGCCGUCAUGCCGUCCUCUCAUGAAUCCCUCGCACGCAUGGCCCAGCUGGAGGACGUCUUCACUUGGAUCGGGUACUUCUGCUUCACCUCCAAUCCUUUUUUCUACGGCUUUCUGAAUCGGCAGAUCAGGGAAGAGCUGGCCAGAAACCUGGCCUUCGUUUUUAAGUGGGGGCAUCCUGGUGAAGAAGAACAGCUGCCCAGUCGAGAGGCUUCUAUCGAGGAGAACUUUCUCCAGUUUCUUCAGGGCACAGGUAUGCGGCCAAGGAAUUCCCAAAGCAUCUCCAUCCCUCAACAGGAGGAGGACAAUCCUCUCUCCACCGAGCUCCACCAGCCAUCUGUUGACUUCCACAUUCCUGGCCAGAUCAUGGAGGAGACCUCGGAGUUCAUAGAGCACCAACACAUGAACGACCUUAAUAUAUCAGACAAUUGUAUCAAGACAAAAUCGGAAAUGCAAGGUUGAUAUUUUCAGAUGUGAAAUCUAUAUUUAAUGUAUCAUAUAUUGUUUCUCUGUUUUACCAUUGGAUCUUUUUAUACUCUGCCGACAAGUUUGUAUAUAGCUUGUUUUAAAUUUUUGGUUGGUUUCUGUCAUACCCAAACAUAUUUUUUUCAUUAGAGAAGAUAUGUUGGACUGAUGAAAUGACCUCAUUUCAACACAUUACCACUAGACAGAAACUUAUUUAUAUAGAUUCAGCAACAUUUGUCCGAACAAUGUAACACGGAAGCAACAUUGUGACGUGGAAUCUGUAUUCAAAAAGCGGUAUGAACCGCAAGUGGUCAAUGUUACAAACUUUUAAUGCUCCUAAUGUUAAUUCAGACAACAAAUUAGUAUAAAAUUGGUUAAUAACUAAAUAUUAUUGUACCAACAAAAUUUGGAGCAUGCACUAAUAUUGAAGCAAGGUAUUUUGUGUGGUGGGUAGAUUUUAAUUCUUUAGUUGCCGUAAAAUUAUGGCUGUCAUAUUUUGAAUAUUUUGUUUUUUCUUCAAAAAUGAAUUAAAACAUUGAAACACA